UGAUAAAAUUAACAUUAGCACAACCCGCUGCCUUACUUCGGGUUCAAGCCGGGUCAAACUUCGCCCGGUAUAUUUCCCUAAAUCAAAGUCGCCUCUAAAAUCCCUAACACUCGUCCCUGUUUCUUCAUUGAGAGCUGAUUCCAAUGUUUAAGAACACGUUUCAAUCUGGUUUCCUUUCCAUUUUGUACAGCCUUGGGAGCAAGCCUCUGCAAAUUUGGGAUAAAGAAGUUGUCGAUGGACAUGUCAAACGGCUGCAAGAUGAAGAUAUCCAAUCCAAUGUCCUGGAAAUUAUUGGGUCGAAUGUCCAACAAGCAUACAUAACCUGUCCUGCAGAUCCUAAUGCAACUCUUGGCAUAAAGCUUCCCUUCUUAGUCAUGAUAGUGAAGAAUGUGAAGAAGUACUUCACAUUUGAAAUUCAGGUUUUAGAUGAUAAAAAUGUCCGGAGAAGAUUUCGAGCUUCUAAUUAUCAAGCUGUCACACGAGUGAAACCCUAUAUUUGCACUAUGCCCUUGAAAUUGGAUGAAGGAUGGAAUCAAAUCCAGUUGAAUCUUUCUGAUUUGAUCAGACGAGCUUAUGGAACCAACUAUGUUGAAACGUUACGAGUGCAGGUUCAUGCAAAUUGCCGGCUAAGGAGGAUAUACUUUUCAGACCGUCUGUAUUCAGAGGAGGAACUCCCACCAGAAUUCAAACUCUACCUUCCAAUGCAGAAAUCUUGAGGAUCUUCCCUAUAAACCAGCAGAUGAGGCACUUUGGUUGUCGACAUUCGUCCGGGAGCUGGUAUAUUAAUCUCGGAGUGGAAUAUUUUGGUCUUGGAAAUGUUGAUUACCCUUGGUGGUAAAUUCGUUCGCAUAUUGUGCAGAGAGAGCACCUGGAGUGUAUGUUACUGGAGUAAUUUGUUAAAGAGGAUCGUGUAAAUGCUGGUGCAUCUGUUGAUGCAAUUAAAAGUACCUUGUGGUAAAUCAGUUGACGCAAUUAAAAGUAUUUAGAAACUUGCUGGGCGAUAACAA